AUGAAGGUUAGCACUGUCAAGGCCAUGCAUGAUAUACCUUUCCCUAUUUUAAAUGCGGCCCCCCCCGGGCCGCCCGCCGCCAUGGCUGCUGCUUCUCUGGUCUUUCACACUUCCAACCCCUCCUACUCCGCUCUCCUUCUACGCCAUGCCCGGCAGCUCUUCCGCUUCGCCGCCCGCCGCCGAGGUCGAUACCAUGCCAGCGUUCCCGCGGCGAAGGGCUACUAUCCUUCUGUCAGCGGCUACGGUGACGAGCUCUUGUGGGCGGCGCUCUGGCUCCGGCGAGCCACCGGCGACUCCCAAUACCUGGAUUAUGUGGUGGACAACGCUUAUGCCCUCGGUGGAGCUACCUGGUCUGUUUCUGAGUUCAGCUGGGAUAUUAAGUACGCCGGAGUUCAGAUUCUGGCUGCUAAGGUUCUGAUGGAGGAAGGCGCAGCAGAGCUGAGCUCUCAUCAGCGUCGGAUACUCGAAGAAUACAAGUCCAAGGGGGAGCAUUACCUGUGCGCCUGCCUCAAUCUCCACCGCCCCGAUAAAAAGAACAACAAUGUCCGGCCACCUCCCGCCGGACUCUUCUACACCCGCCAAUGGAACAAUCUUCAAUACGUCUCCACCGCCGCCUUCAUUCUCGCCGCCUACUCCGACUACCUCGACGUCGCCGGAAUUCCUCUCCGGUGCCCCGCCGCCGGAGAAGUCCCUCCGGCCGUCCUCCUCUCCUUCGCCCGCUCUCAGGCCGACUACAUCCUCGGAAAUAACCCCCACGGUCUUAGCUACCUCGUCGGCUUCGGCGAUCGGUAUCCGAGCCGCGUACAUCACCGGGCCGCAUCCGCCGACGGAGGAGGCGGGGGAGGAGAGUUCGUAGGAUGUACGGAAGGUUACCACCGGUGGUUCGGGAGGAACCGGAGGAACCCGCACGUGGUGGUGGGGGCGGUGGUUGGGGGACCGGAUUCGGCCGACGGGUUUAGGGAUGCACGGAGCAAUUUUGUACAGACGGAGGCUUGCACGUACAAUACAGCCCCGAUGGUUGGCGUUUUUGCAAGAUUGAUUAGGGACACCAACUCAACAUUUUUUUCAAUAUGAAUUUUUUUUUAUAAUGUUUUUAGGGGCAUUUACAUUAUUUCAUACAUACCCACACGAUUUUUAAUGUCUUUACAUAUAUAACCUUUUAAACUUUGUUUUUUGUUUAACAUUU